AUGAUUGCUGAGAUACCACCUCGAACAACCAAAUAUAUUUACAGAUUACUGCUGCUAUGGUGUGUGUCCUUUGUUUCUGGUCGAUUUUGUGACCCAUCCGACUACAAGUACGAGUAUACUGAAUGUCAACCUGAUGGAUCCAGGUGGCGCGUAGCCAUUCCACAUCGGAGCGGGGACUGUGACUUGCCACCACCCACGCGUGGAUUGAAUUGCUCAUUUUCAUGCUCGUCUGGUAAUUAUCUGGACAUAAUGACGCAAUCUUGCCGACCAUGCCCGCCAGGGCAGUACAGUUUGGGAGGUGGAUCAAGAUUUGAAGAGUUCUACACACUGCCUACUGGCUUUUCUAUCGAGAACUUUGAUCCAAGUUCGAUGAGUCUCGACACAUCGCCAGCAAAAGUCGAGGCAUGUCCACCAGAAACUGGCUGGCUUAUUCGAGAUGCUGAGCUACUCUAUGUUCCAACACCGUGCGUAUCUCGCUUGUCAUUUUCUGCCAAUCUCGUUCGACCCGGCUUUGUUGAGUUCUCCUAUCGAAUGCCGAAAAACAACAAGGCUCUUUCGCUACAAGUAGAUGUGCGAAAUCAGCAGUGCCAGAGCUACAGAGAAGCCAUGCAGUCUAUGCUUACAAAAUAUGCUGGAAAUAGUCGGACACACAAAGAGGAAUCGAAUGGGGAUUGGCAAAAGCGAGUAGUUGAUCUGAGAACAGGAGCAAAUGUCGUCAGCUGGACUGUUACGAAUAGCGCAGGAGCAAAAGUGUCAUCGGAACCUAUAAGGGUCUCAAGGAUCGACGUUCUUGGUCUCGCCUUCACACGAGAAUGCUCCCUAUGUCCUGCGGGUACAUACUCGACUGGAGGAGUGGCAGAAUGCACACCUUGCGCUGCAGGCUAUUAUGCCCCAAAAGGUGCCGCUACAUGUGGUCGUUGUCCGCAGACGCAGUUCUCAGGCCCGAAAGCCGAACGAUGCACUGAGCGGCCGGCAUGUCGAUCAUCUGACUACUACCCUGUCACUGAACCUUGCGCAAAUGGGACAACUCGUACAACAUAUAAAAAGGUCCAGCCGGCUGUAUGUAGAGAAGAUCUGCCCGAAGCUGCUAAGAUGCCCUCACCGAGUGCAACACGAGAAUGUCCGCCCUGUAAUCCAGGCAUGGCAAAGGAUUCGAAUGGUGUUUGUGUUUUCUGCCCAGCCGAGCACUUUUCCCAGGGAGAUGCUUGCAUACGCUGUCCCGUGGAGACGGUGCCAAAUUAUGGCUACGAGUACGUUCAGUGGGACACCGUCCCGCCAAAUAUCGUAACUCGAUGCGAGUAUAUUAGCGAAGAAGUAUCGACUGCCUGUGACAUUGGUGAAGCCUGGAUGGCAUCUGGCAGUGCAUUAGUCUCAGCACCUUCACUGCAAAAAGGAAUAGCAUUAGAGAUGGAAUUAACUAUAGCGGAAGGUUUCUCCAAUCCCAUGGCUCCAGUAGAGCAGCCACUAACGCAGCAAGCUCCUGUGGCUCACGUUUCGAUCGUUUUUGAGACAACUUGCGCUGAUAGCUCCUGCGUGCUGUACAUGAUCGAGAGCCCCAUGGAAAGGACGAAAACGUCUCAGUUCCGAUUUCUUGCUGCUUUCAAUGGUACCCAGCCUAGACGAGUCUGGUCGCAUAGCGUUUUGAGAAGAAGAGCUGCUCGGUUCUUGGUCGCAUUCCUCCGCUCCGGCGCGACAUCCGGCGAUGACGCGAUCCUGGAUCAGGCUCGCAUCUUGUCCGUCAAUGUGACAAACGUUGGAACAAAAACUGGCAAACAAGGUGGUGGAGCAAGCCGAUGUCUACCAUGUCCUUCGGGCCAAUUUGGGCAAUGCAUACCAUGUCCACCUGGACAUUUCAUGACCCCUGGGACCCAUCAAUGUGCUUUGUGCCCACCGAAUACGGUAGCAAACACCUCUUCUGACCGUAUCGGUAUCGAGACUUGCAUAACUUGCGGGGAAAAUUUACACGCGCUAGAUGGGGUGGCAUGUAGAUCGCAAGGACUCAUUUCGGUUGUAAAGGACAACAAGACUCUCAACUACGAUCUGUCAUCCUGGGUGAAGAAAACCUGGACAACGACAGCAGUGAAAGUCUUCGCCCGUGAAGGGUCAUCAUAUUACCAUUCGUUCAAUUUCUCACUGUUUGGUGGCGAUAAGGUCGAGUGUAAAGAAGUUUAUGACUCAAGCGAUGCUUUCUCCUUGGUUGAUCAGAAUCGUGAGACCAUAUCUGGAGCAGCCUGCAGAUUGACAGUUUUGCCGGACAUUGGAAGCAAUCAUACCAAACUCGCAUCUGUUUCGCCGUUAUUGCUAGCAACCCGCCUCGAAGAAAUUAGUUUGAAACGAAAUAGAGAGGGAUGGACACUGACAGAUCAACUUCUCGAAUAUGAAGGAACAGAGGAAAAGUCACGUCCGAUUGACAUUCACUUCUGGUACGAUACGGUGGGAGUGCCUUCUGAAGCGUGUCCAAAGGGAAAUGCUUUGGUAAUAACCGUGAGAUGUAUGCCUAACAAAAAACAACCCGAGGUGCGUCUUCCACGUACCUGUCCAGACGGGACCUGUGAUGGCUGCUUAUUCCAUGCUAUCGUUGGAUCCGUACAGGCGUGUCCCAUCUGUGGUAUAGGUGAUUACGACAUGAUCCGAGGCGAAUGCGUCGACGGACAACAAACUAUUCAUUACAUUCCCGACAAGCAUUGCGUUCUGACCGGGAAGGAGGCUCAGUCCAGGAAGGAAGCAUGUUCAUCUUUAUCACAAAAGGAGAAAAUGUUCCUCGCCUUUGGUACAACGAUGUUUGCCAUCCUCUGUGUCGCUUUAGUGAUUAUCUGUCAGAGGAAUAGGAAAUUGGAAUACAAAUACACCCGACUGAUCGAAUCCCGCAAUGGUGAACUCCCAGCUGCAGAAACUUGUGGAUUAGAAGACGAUGAGGAAGACGAGGGCGCUGACCGAGUCAUAUUCGCAAAAGGCAAGCGGAAGAUUUUCGGCGGCCGUGAUACCGAAGCUUUCGUACCGCUGGAGAAUGAAGAUUGA